ACUCUGAACAAUUAUCUUGAUCAACAACUUGUAGACAGCUCUGUGCCAUUGUUCAAUGAAAGAAGUUCUGAUGAAUGGUGUAUUCUGGAAUUGUUCUUGAAUCAGAGGCUUGUGACUCUGAAAUGGUUCCUGGAUGACGCGCGUAGAGCUUUUCAGAAUGGGAUGCCACUACUAGCGCAUCGUUUGUAUUCUCAAGCGUUGGAUGUUGAUCCCAUGAACCAGGCUGUUUGUGCAAAUCUAUACUACAAAAGGGGGUUCAUUAUGUGCACGUUAAAGAUGAUCCCACAAGCCAUUCUGGAUUUGACGCAUGCCAUUGAGUUGGAUGGGAACCAUUUGAAAGCACACCUUCUUACGGCGAAGUGUUACCUCACAAUUGGGCAGUAUGAAAAAGCCAGUGAAGUAUAUUAUGAACUCUACGCCAUGACUGGCAUCCCAGAGUAUUACCGAUCAUAUGAAGGAUCAUACAAUGCGAAGCGUAACCUCGAUUUUGCCCUCUAUACCCUAUCGUUGACUCGAGAUUGUUCAGUCUUGGACGUGAAGAAAGCCUUUCGUAGGGAGGCGCGACUGCAUCAUCCAGAUCGCCAUGCGGGGGCCAGUAAUGAGAUACAAGAAAGAGAAGAGGAAACAUUCAAGGAGGUACAACGAGCCCGUCAAUUUCUCCUUGAUUUUCUGAAAAGGAAGAAUCGUUUCAAUAAUCACCAAGUGUGGUUUUUGAAUGCAGAUUAUUUUGAACUCUGAAUAAGCUCAAGUUGAUCCAAGAUCAACCAAUUUAAAGAACAACACUGACAGUGGGUACUAAACAAAAAAGUCAUGAUUUUAUCUUUUUUAUCAUACUUACGCACAUGAGACUUACAUCCAUCUCACUAGUACUUCCUUAUUUAUAUACGCAGGUCGCACCCACUCAACACAAACAUGUAAAUAAUCUACAUAAAUUAAAUCAUAAUUGUAAUGCUUCUGGCAAGCAAAUAUUUUAUUGUAUUGUACAACGUAACUGCAUGUUUUAGCGGUUAAAUAUGGAAAAUUAAAGCCGUUAAAUUAAUAAUUAAUUAAAUUAAAUUUUACCAUAGGUAAAUAGGCAAUAGCGCACAGAGAUGGGGCGUAGCUUGGGUGGGGUUGAGGGUAUUUUUUUGCCAAGGUUCUUUGCAGAGUAUGUAAAGUAUGUGCA